AUGGCGCGCUUCACGGACGAGCUGCCGUCCCGCUACGGCGGCGGGGGCGGCGGCGCGCAUGCGCACGCGCACGGCCACGCGCAUGGCCACGGGCACGGGCACGCGCAAGGUGGUCCCGCGCGCGGCGGCGUCGGCGGAAGUGGCGCCGGAAGGCAAGGAGGCCCUCCUGGAGCCCACCGGGUCUACAAGCAGUCCAUGGCCCAGCGCGCCCGGACCAUGGCCCUGUACAACCCCAUCCCGGUCCGGCAGAACUGCUUCACCGUCAACCGCUCGCUGUUCAUCUUCAGCGAGGACAACUUCGUGAGGAAGUACGCCAAAAAGAUCACCGAGUGGCCUCCGUUUGAGUACAUGAUCCUGGCCACCAUCAUUGCUAACUGCAUUGUCCUUGCGCUGGAGCAGCACCUGCCCGACGGGGACAAGACGCCCAUGUCUGAGCGCCUGGAUGACACAGAACCCUAUUUUAUUGGCAUUUUUUGCUUCGAGUCUGGCAUUAAGAUACUGGCUCUGGGCUUUGCUUUCCAUAAGGGCUCCUACCUCCGCAACGGCUGGAACGUGAUGGACUUUGUAGUGGUGCUUACUGGAAUUCUCUCCACGGUGGGCUCAGACUUUGACCUGAGAACGCUGCGGGCCGUGAGAGUGCUGAGGCCGCUUAAGCUGGUCUCAGGAAUUCCCAGCCUGCAGGUGGUGCUGAAAUCCAUCAUGAAGGCUAUGAUCCCACUGCUGCAAAUUGGCCUGUUGCUCUUCUUUGCUAUCCUCAUGUUCGCCAUCAUUGGUCUGGAGUUUUACAUAGGCAAAUUCCACACCACCUGCUUCGACGACAUCACUAAUGAAAUUCGUGAGGAUUUUCCUUGUGGAACAGAGCCGCCGUCCCGCCUCUGUCCAAACGGGACCACCUGUAAGUUGUACUGGCUGGGACCCAACUAUGGCAUCACCCAGUUCGACAACAUUCUGUUUGCCGUUCUCACUGUCUUCCAGUGCAUCACCAUGGAGGGCUGGACUGACCUGCUCUACUAUAGUAACGAUGCCUCAGGCAGUGCAUGGAACUGGAUGUACUUCAUCCCCCUCAUCAUCAUCGGAUCAUUCUUCAUGCUUAACCUGGUGCUGGGUGUGCUGUCAGGGGAGUUUGCCAAAGAGAGGGAGCGUGUGGAAAACAGGAGAGAGUUUCUGAAGCUGAGGCGGCAGCAGCAGAUUGAGAGGGAGCUGAAUGGAUAUCUGGAGUGGAUCUGCAAAGCAGAAGAAGUGAUCCUGGCCGAUGAGGAUAAUGAUGCUGAUGACCGGAUGCCCUUUGACGGAUCAAGGAGAAGGCCCACCAUCAAGAAAAGCAAAAACGACCUGCUGAAUCCAGAGGAGGGGGAUGGAGACCUCACACUGGGUUCUCCAUUUGCGCGGGCCAGUUUGAAGAGUUCUAAGCUGGAGGGCUCGUCGUUCCAUAAGAAGGAGCGUCGACUGCGAUUCUUUAUUCGCCACAUCGUGAAGACCCAGGCUUUCUACUGGACGGUGCUCUGUCUGGUGGGCCUGAACACUCUGUGUGUAGCGGUGGUUCAUUACGACCAGCCAGAACUACUCUCGGACUUUCUCUACUUCGCAGAGUUUAUCUUUUUGGGUAUCUUCAUGUCUGAGAUGUGCGUUAAGAUAUAUGGACUGGGGACCAGGCCUUACUUUCACUCCUCUUUCAACUGCUUCGACUGCAUCGUCAUAUGUGGCAGCAUUUUCGAGGUGCUCUGGGCUAUGAUCCAGCCUGGGACCUCGUUUGGGAUCAGUGUGUUGCGAGCUCUCAGGUUAUUGAGGAUCUUCAAAGUGACCAAGUACUGGGCUUCUCUAAGAAACCUGGUGGUGUCUCUGCUGAACUCAAUGAAGUCCAUCAUCAGCUUGCUUUUCCUGCUCUUCCUCUUCAUCGUGGUCUUUGCCCUUCUUGGCAUGCAGCUUUUCGGAGGACAGUUUAAUUUUGAAAGUGGCACACCUCCAACAAACUUCGAUACCUUUCCUGCAGCAAUAAUGACAGUGUUUCAGAUCCUGACUGGGGAAGACUGGAACAUGGUGAUGUAUGAUGGGAUUGAGUCUCAGGGAGGAGUCAACACGGGCAUGGUCUUCUCCAUUUUCUUCAUCGUUCUCACUCUGUUCGGCAACUACACUUUGCUGAAUGUAUUCUUGGCCAUCGCUGUGGACAAUCUGGCCAAUGCACAGGAGCUGACCAAGGAUGAGCAGGAGGAAGAAGAGGCAGCCAAUCAGAAAAUUGCUCUUCAGAAGGCUAAAGAGGUGGCUGAAGUGAGUCCACUGUCUGCAGCCAAUCUCUCCAUUGCAGCUAAGGAGCAACAGAAGAACCAGAAGAACCAUAAGGGUUCUAAGUCGGUGUGGGAGCAGCGCACCAGUGAGCUGCGGAGACAAACCCUAAUGACCAGCAGGGAGGCACUCUACAAUGAGCUGGACCCAGAGGACCGCUGGAAGGUGUCCUAUUCUCGCCACAUCCGCCCGGACAUGAAGACUCAUUUGGACCGGCCGCUGGUGGUGGACCCACAGGAGAACCGCAACAACAACACCAACAAAAUGCGGCCAGGCGAGGCCCAGCGGAGUGGUCAGGAGCCUCUGCACAAACCACCAGCUUUCCACCCCAGUGGCCCUGGACGGCCACUAGAGAGAGGAGAAUCCACUGAGUCGAACCGGAGCCGCAGAGAUGGCGGCAACCAUAGCAGCUCACAGACACCACCCCAAGGGGGUGGUGAGGGGCCCGAGGGCGGUGUGAGAGAGCCCCACCGGAGACGGGCGGGGCAGAGCGGACAGAGUGGACGCUCACGCCGCAGGACGGAGGGAGGGACAGAGUGUGAGCAUGAAGAUGGAGUGGAGCGCAGGCAAAGGCGCCAUCGCCAUGGCGACAGAGAGAAAAGGGAGAAAGGAGAGCAAGGAGAGAGGGUUCGGCAUCGGACCCGAAAGGAUGGUCACAGCAGUGGCCCCACUUUAUCUACCACUCGACCCAUUCAGAAAACUCUGUCCAGGCAGGAUAGCCAGUACAGCGAGGAUCUGGACAACGUCAUGAAUAACAAGCUAGCCACUCAGCCCCUGGUGCCCUUAGCCACCCGCAAACACUCCACGCCCCACAGCAGCCUGUUGAGCCUGACCAACAGCACCCACGGCACCCACCUGGGCACAGAGAGCAGCCUCAUCCUUACCAACCCCACCUCCAACACAGCUAACCUCGCUAACAUAGCUAACCUUGCUAAUCUCGCUAACCCGGACACCAAGCUUGACUACACGGCCAUAGACAUGCCGCCCAUAUUUCCGUCCACCAAUGCCAUCCUGCAGGUCAAUAAGAAUGCCAACACAGAACCACUGCCGAAGAAGGAAGAUACCAAAUGCGACGAUGAUGAUGAUGAUGAUAAAGAUGAUGGAGGGCCUAAACCCAUGCCUCCUUAUAGCUCCAUGUUCAUUCUGUCCACAACCAACCCGUUUCGGCGGUUGUGUCAUUAUGUUGUAACUCUGCGGUACUUCGAGAUGUGUAUUUUGCUGGUCAUUGCUAUGAGCAGCAUUGCUCUGGCUGCUGAAGACCCUGUCUGGCCCGACUCCCCCCGAAAUAAUGUCCUGCGUUACUUCGACUAUGUCUUCACGGGUGUGUUCACCUUUGAGAUGCUUAUAAAGAUGGUGGAUCUGGGUUUGGUGCUUCAUCAGGGCUCCUAUUUCCGUGACUUGUGGAAUAUUCUGGACUUUAUUGUGGUUAGUGGUGCCUUGGUGGCCUUCGCCUUCACUGGAAGCAGUAAGGGGAAAGACAUCAGUACUAUAAAGUCUCUGCGUGUACUGAGAGUGCUACGGCCCCUCAAGACCAUCAAACGCCUGCCCAAGCUCAAGGCUGUCUUUGAUUGUGUGGUGAACUCACUGAAGAACGUGCUGAACAUUCUCAUCGUCUACAUGCUCUUCAUGUUCAUUUUCGCUGUGGUGGCAGUGCAGCUCUUCAAGGGCAAAUUCUUUUACUGCACAGACGAGUCGAAGGAGUUUGAACGUGACUGCAGGGGUGAAUAUCUGGUGUAUGAGCGGGAUAACGAAGUGAAGGCGCAGAAGCGGGAGUGGAAGAAGUACGAUUUCCACUACGACAACGUGCUCUGGGCCCUGCUCACCCUCUUCACUGUAUCCACCGGAGAGGGGUGGCCGCAGGUACUGAAACAUUCAGUCGAUGCGACUUACGAGAAUCAGGGCCCUAGCCCGGGCUACCGGAUGGAAAUGUCCAUCUUUUACGUGGUGUACUUCGUGGUCUUCCCCUUCUUCUUCGUCAACAUCUUCGUGGCUCUCAUCAUCAUAACCUUCCAGGAGCAAGGAGACAAGAUGAUGGAGGACUACAGUCUGGAAAAGAAUGAGAGAGCCUGCAUAGACUUUGCCAUCAACGCCAGGCCUCUGACCCGCCACAUGCCUCAGAAUAAGCAGACGUUCCAGUACCGGAUGUGGGAGUUUGUGGUGUCUCCGCCAUUCGAGUACACUAUCAUGGCCAUGAUCGCCCUCAACACCAUCGUGCUCAUGAUGAAGUAUUAUGAAGCUUCAGAUACCUAUGAGAAAAUGCUAGCCAACCUGAACAUUGUUUUCACCUCGCUAUUCUCCCUGGAGUGUGUAUUGAAGAUCAUUGCCUUUGGAGCACUGAACUACUUCAAAGAUGCCUGGAACAUCUUCGACUGUGUGACUGUGCUUGGCAGCAUCACUGAUAUUUUAGUCACGGAGCUAGGGAAUAACUUCAUCAAUCUGAGUUUUCUGAGACUGUUCAGAGCUGCCCGUCUGAUUAAGCUGCUCAGACAGGGUGAGACCAUUCGCAUCCUGCUCUGGACCUUCGUCCAAUCUUUUAAGGCUUUGCCAUACGUGUGCCUACUCAUUGCUAUGCUGUUCUUCAUCUAUGCCAUCAUCGGGAUGCAGCUGUUUGGGAACAUAAAGAUUGAGGAGGAGGAUGGAGACAGUGCCAUCAACCAACACAACAACUUCAGGACCUUCUUCCAGGCUCUUAUGCUGCUUUUCAGGAGUGCGACAGGAGAGGCAUGGCAUGAAAUCAUGCUGUCGUGUUUGGGGAACAAGGACUGUGAUCCCCUGUCGGGGAAUACGGAGUCGGAGUGUGGCAGCGAGUUUGCGUACCUUUAUUUUGUCUCCUUCAUCUUCUUGUGCUCAUUCCUGAUGUUGAAUCUAUUCGUGGCCGUCAUCAUGGACAAUUUUGAGUACCUCACGCGGGACUCCUCCAUUCUGGGUCCUCAUCACCUGGAUGAAUAUGUGAGGAUUUGGGCGGAGUACGACCCUGCAGCCUGCGGGCGCAUUCAUUAUAAGGAUAUGUACAGUUUAUUGCGAGUAAUCGACCCCCCUCUGGGCUUAGGAAAGAAAUGUCCUCAUAGGGUGGCCUGCAAGAGACUGCUGCGGAUGGAUCUGCCAGUUGCCGACGACAACACAGUGCACUUUAACUCCACCCUCAUGGCCUUAAUCCGCACCGCUCUGGACAUAAAGAUCGCCAAGGGCGGUGUUGAUAAGCACCAGAUGGACGCAGAGCUGAGGAAGGAGAUGAUGGCGAUUUGGCCAAAUCUGUCGCAGAAAACUCUGGACCUGCUGGUCACUCCGCACAAGUCGACAGACCUGACGGUGGGUAAAAUCUACGCUGCCAUGAUGAUUAUGGAGUAUUACCGACAGAGCAAAGCCAAGCGGACCCAGGCUCUCCGAGACGAACAGAAUCGAACGCCAUUAAUGUUUCAGCGCCUGGAGCCGCCAUCCCCAACACAGGAGGCGGGACAGGGACUCAACGGCCUUCCUGAACCACACUCAGACCCUGCCAACAGUCUGGCGGUGGAUGGAGGCAUCCCAGAGAGCCAGUCAUGGGUGACAGCCAGAGCCCAGGAGAUGUCUCAGAAAGCAGGAAGCUGGAGCCCAGAGGGUCCGCCCCCAGAGAACACGGCUGAGAACCGGCCCUCUUCACAGACGGUAGAGAUGAGAGAGAUGGGGCGGGACGGAUUCUCGGACACUGAGCACUUCCUGCCGAUGGAAGGCCAUGGCAGGGCUGCUUCCAUGCCUCGACUCCCAGCAGACAACCAACCGAGGAGGAGAGGAAGGCAUCGGGGGAAUAACCUCGGUACCAUCACAGACAGCAGCCCGAUGAAGCGUUCGGCCUCAUCGCUGGGUCACGGACGUUUGGGCCGGGUGUCACGGGGCGAGGAUUACGCUAUGGAGCGGGUGAUUCCGGAGGAAGGGCAGAGACACGGGCAUCGGCGCAGAGAACGCAGCCACCGCGCCUCUGAGCGUUCACUUAGCCGCUACACCGAUGCUGACACAGGUUUGGGCACUGACCUGAGCACCACGACCCAGUCCGGCGACCUGCCGCCCAAAGAGAAGGACCGAGACCGGGGCAGAGCAAAGGACCGCCGACACCACCACCAUCACCACCACCACCAUGGCUCCAUGGAGAAGGAGCGCUACACGCCUGAGAGAGAGCGAGGGGAGUACGGGCACAGGCCGCCACGAGAGAGGGACCGCCGCUGGUCUCGCUCGCCUAGUGAGGGCCGCGAGUGCCUCACUCACAGACAGGGCAGUAGUUCAGUGAGCGGAAGCCCCGCCCCCUCGACGUCCGGGACCAGCACGCCCAGGAGAGGGCGCCGCCAGCUGCCCCAAACCCCAGCCACCCCGCGGCCCCAUGUCACCUACUCACCUGUGGUCCGCAAACCUGUGGCCACGCCCCCUUCCGGCCCUCAGACCCGCCUCCCCACUCCCACACCACCCCACCAUUCGCUGCCCCCAUCACACCAUGGCUCUCCUCGGCAUGGCCGCUGGUGCCCGGGCACCUCGGAGGGCACGGUGAUGGUGGGCGAUGGUGGUUUCUAUGAUGACCAGGACUAUGAUUUUGGCCGCCAUGAGCCUCCGGCCUAUGAUCAAAGCCCACCCGCCCAGGGCAACCCCCACCACCCUCAUAACUCUCCGCACCCACGUUCACCCAGGACUUCCCGCCAUGUUCCCGUCCAGCAGGGCCAGCCAGUACCCCCCCCAGCCCGCCGGAUGCCCAACGGGUACCGCUCCUCUUCACCCUCCCCCCACCACCACCCACCCACACACCCUGGACCCCACAAACCCCCACACCCCAGAGGGCCCAGGAAGGGCCUGCACGAACCCUACAGUGAGACUGAUGAGGACGACUGGUGCUAGCCUCUGGGGAAAGGGGAGGGAGGGAACAAGGGGAAAAGGGAACAAGGGAGCGCUUCAGCACUCGCUGAAAUGGGACUCUGCCACAGAAGAGGCCACAGCAAAAGCCACAGCGAAGGCUAUAAUGAAGGCCGUCUUGAAGGCCGUCUUGAAGACCACCAUGAAGGCUACAAUGAAGGCCGUAACAAAGGCCAGAUGCUUCCCCAAGUCUGCAUGCUCCAGGGAAGCACUAAGUGUGCUUGGAGGCUCCAAAAGAGGAAAAUCAAGGCAUGAUUCUUUCCUUUCUGUUCUUUGUGUUUUCUCUUUCCUCUGAUGUUUCCCUGCAAAUGUUUUGGACUGCUUAAAGUGAACAUAAGGACAAGGGAAGCAUAACAUGGGGAAAAAAUGUAGGUAAAAAAUACCAACACUGAAAGAAGAAAAGAAAAAAAAGUGGACUUGCAUAACAUUAUAAUGCAGAGGAGAAAUGUACUGCACUCUUUUCCAGACGCAUCGUUCAUGCAGAAAGUGACGCAUCACAGUCACCACUGGCCAGAACUCUCACUUGAGUUGAGAAGCUACACGGAGAAUCGACACUCGCUUUACACAACUUGACCUGGAGCUCCGUCUAAUUGCAAAAAUCCACCCACAUGUUGGGUAAUAUUGAUGAGUUUUAUCAUCUGUGUUUACUGUUAAUAAUUAUUUCAGUAAGGGUGAGGCCACUGGCUGUUUGAGUGUGUGUGUGUGUGUGUGUGUGUGUGUGUGUGUGUGUG